AUGUCACUGCAAGACGACACAGAACUAAAGGUUGAUCCUCAUCAUUCCACCUCUAUCUUAUCUCGUCUGGAUGAGAUGAGACACAGUGAAGAACAUUGUGACUGCGUCCUUAUAGUCGCGGGCUACUUCAGAGCUACUUUUGGUACUGAGUUUAAAGAGACGACUACAGGAGAAGUGUAUCUAAGACAGCUGGGAUGUGAUGCAGUGAGGUUACUACUGGAAUACACAUACGGGAAUUGCAUUUCAAUAACUACACAGAACGUUCAGUCCCUCCUAUCAGCCAGCUGCUUUCUGGACUUCUCUGAAGUUUUUACAAAGUGUGCUGAUUUUUUGAAAUGGCAGAUAGACCCAACCAAUUGUAUAGCACUACGAGAGUUUGCCAACAAACACGACUGUACAGAACUACAAAUACUAGCAGAGAAGUACACGCGGCGACACUUCCUGCUCGUUUCUAAAGGGGACCAGUUUGUUAACAUGAGUUUAGAGCAACUGAAGAACCUUAUAGGAGACGAUGGUCUCCAGGUAACAGAGGAGGAGCAAGUGUUUGACGCCGUAAUGACGUGGUUGAGACACGACACAAAACGAGCCCAGUUCACUUACGAGCUCUUAUCACUUGUGCGCCUCCCUCUGCUUAGUAAAGAGUUCAUCGUAGAUAUUGUUGAAAGUGACCCGCUGAUAAAAUGUGAUGUUCACUGUAAAGACCUCCUAAUUGAAGCUAUGAGAUAUCAUCUUAUACCUGAACGUCAACACACUGAAGAGUAUACGCAGAACGAUAGGACAAAGAGACGGUGUCCUGGGGCCACCGAAGUAAUUAUUGUAGUGGGCGGGAAAUACAGAGUUGGAGCAUUGGACAACGUUGAGAAAUAUGACCACACAACAGAUCUGUGGACGGUGUGUUCUCCGAUAAAAACGCCGAGGUACGGUGUCGGCGUAACCUCGGUUGAUGGGUAUAUCUACGCUUUAGGAGGUUUGAAUGACAACAAUUCGUUAAGUAUUGUGGAAUGUUACGAUCCUCAAACUGACGAGUGGACCUUGCUUCCCUCAAUGGCUUACAAUCGUGACGGUCAUGCUGUGACGGUGUUAGAUGGACUUAUAUACGCUAUAGGUGGCCACGACGGUAAACAGACGUUGGAAAGUGUGGAAUGUUUUAACCCAGCAAGUCGAGAAUGGAAACCAGUCACUCCCAUGGCAAAUCCAAGACGGGGCCUAGGGGCUGGAACUCUUGACGGUCAAAUAUACGCUAUUGGUGGUUGGAGUGGCUGCGCUUGCCUAAACGUUGUUGAGAGGUUCGACUUGUCAAAUCAGAAAUGGCGUCCUGUCGCUAGUAUGGGGAUGCUGAGGUCGGAUGUUGCAGUGACCACUUUAGGAAAUAAGAUUUACGCGGUGGGCGGGUUUAACGGAGCGACAGGUCUCAAAUCAGCGGAGUGUUACGAUCCGGAGCUCAAUAUUUGGCAGAAGAUCUGUGCUAUGAACAAGGCCAGAAGUGGGGCUGCGCUGACUUCUCUGAAUGGUUGUCUUUAUGUAGUAGGUGGACACGAUGGCUCGACUCGGUCAGUGCCUGAAAAAUUGCUGGAGACAGUUGAGAGAUUUGACCCUCGCACUGGGAUCUGGGAUUUCGUACACUCGAUGGAGAUCGGGCGAUAUCUCCCUGGAGUAGCUGUUACAAACAGGAUACUGUGAACCAAUCGAAACACGGUAUCCAAACCACGUGUCUAUCCCCCAACUCGCUGUUCCUGUAGUGGUUAAAUUCCUUGACUUGUGAACAUCCUCUAGAAUGAACAACUCUGAUACUUAAUUUAUUGAGCAUGCAGGUUGUACAAUGUACACGAAAUGUUCAUAACGUUGAUAAAGCAUUAUUAAGUCGUUAUUAAUAUUAUUUAAAUUAAAGAUUCUGAUACUAUGGCUGGAGGGGUGAUCCUAGUUAGGGGUCGUUCACAAAUAACGUACUUACGUAAUCACUGAGGGGGAGG